AGUUUAAAGCAAAUCGAUUUGUCAUAACAUAUAUACAAGGAAGGCUUAAAAGACGUUUCCUUUUCUUUGCAGCAAAUCUAUCUACCACAUACAAAAAAAUGGCGGAGGAGCUUACCAUUGGGUUUCGCUUCUAUCCCACGGAAGACGAACUGGUUGCUUUCUACCUACGAAACCAGCUCGAAGGAAGGAGUGAUGACUCAAUGCACCGUGUCAUACCAGUUCUAGACGUCUUUGAGGUCGAGCCUAGUCAUCUUCCAAAUGUUGCGGGAGAGAGAUGUCGAGGAGAUGCUGAGCAAUGGUUCUUCUUUGUGCCAAGACAAGAACGGGAAGCAAGAGGAGGCAGACCAAGUAGAACCACUGGUUCAGGGUACUGGAAAGCGACUGGAUCACCUGGUCCAGUCAUUUCCAAAGAUAACCGAAUGAUUGGAGUCAAGAAAACUAUGGUUUUCUACACUGGAAAAGCACCAACCGGAAGGAAAACAAAAUGGAAGAUGAAUGAGUACAAAGCCAUUGACGAAACAGUCAUCACCUCCACAAUCCCUAAGUUGAGACAUGAAUUCAGUUUAUGUCGGGUCUACAUAACAUCAGGAAGCUCAAGAGCAUUUGAUAGACGCCCUGUGGGAAGUUUUCAGACAGAGAGAAUGCUUACAAGUGAUGUUGGAGUUGCUGAGACAUCAUUUCGUGUGGGAAGCUCACCAGAAACUUCUAUGUCAGGAGGAGAGCAUGUUGAUCUCUCUGUGAACACAGAGAUGGUUGAUGCUUUAACUGAACCAAUGUGGGAAUGGGAACAGCUGAAUUGGUCUUGAAUUAAGCUAGCUAGAUCCAUAAGCAAAAUAAAGUUUACUGCAUGCAUUAUUACGUUGUUGAAUUGAUGAUGGUCAUAAAGAUUCCUUUUGUUUUCCUUGUAACGUAAGAAUAAAUGAAAAAUGAUUUUUUUUUCUCUUAAAA